UCUAUUGCACUACACUUGAUUCAGAUUUCUAAGUGCUGGUCGACCGGCUGGAUUUGGAAUAUGUCAAUUGCGAAGGUUCUUGGUCUACUUUUGCUCCAUGUGGCAUUAGUGACUCCAGGAACACAGAUAUGCCAAGACCCUGAUGAGAAUGCCUACUCAAUCAUCACAUGUGGAGCUCCCGGGAAGAACGGUCUACCAGGCAUGAAUGGGGAAAAUGGAGCAAAAGGGGAAAAGGGUGAACCAGGUCUACCUGGACCAGUGGGACAAACUGGACAAACUGGACCAAGAGGAGAGCAGGGGCCAGCAGGACCAAAGGGAGAAACAGGAGGUGGAGGAGCUUCAGGCCCUCCUGGAUUACAAGGAGUUGCCGGACCACCUGGGGCAAAAGGGGAAAGAGGAGCCAAUGGGGCAACAGGAGCACCUGGUACACAAGGGGUUUCCGGACCAGCAGGUCCAAAAGGAGAAGGAGGAAGCAGUGGGCCUUCAGGACCACCAGGACCCAAAGGGGAAAGAGGAGACAGCGCGGCUCCAGCAAUCGAAAAUUUUAAAUUGCAAAUGGCUGGUAUGGAUAGACGGAUACGAGAUCUGCAAUCAAACUUUGAGAAGCAGGGAAAAGCUCUUUCAUUUACAAAAGAAUUUGCUAGAAGUGGCAACAAAUUCUAUAUUAUAAAUGGUGUUGAAGCCACUUAUUCUGAUGCCAGAAGCAGCUGUGCCAAUGGUGGAGGUCAGUUGGCUGUACCCCGGACCCCCGAAGAAAACCAAGCCAUCUUCUCCCUCCGCAAGAAGGUCAAUCGGCACACAUUCAUGGGUAUAAAUGACUUGCAGAAAGAGGGUGAUUUUAGAGACCUGUCUGGAGAAGCCAUCAAAUACUUCAACUGGCGCGCAGGUGAACCCAGCAACCGUCGUGGAAAUGAGCACUGUGUGGAAAUGUGGGAUGAUGGAGGGUGGAAUGAUGAGAAUUGCUCAAGCAAACGGUUUUUUGUUUGUGAGUUUUAAGUUAGAGCAAGUUCACCAUUUCUUUGUAUCCAUGUACCUUUUGUAUUUUUUAAAGGCACAUUUUGUGCACCUCCAAUUACCAGGCACUAAAGUGGUUGUAAAUCAUUAUGUUUACCCAGUGACGUGACUGACCUCAGAUGAUACACUGAGAUUAAAACAAAUCCUCCUACAUAAGUUGUACCUGUUUAUUCUCUACAGCCAUUCAAAGUGGAGGGAAUGCACACCCCCCCUUUCACACAACACACAAGAACCACACUGAGGCUGUCAAUCACAGGCUGUGUGCUCCCUCUCCAUCACUUUUUUUUUUUUUAGCUCUAGAGGGAUUUGCUUUGUUCAUAUUUCUUGUUAGAGGUUUACAACCACUUUAAUAUAUUUUCAUGAUUGUGUGCAGUUACUGUAUUCUCCUGAAAAAACAUUAAAUACAUGUAACUAUAUUAAAAAUAGCAUCUUAUUUACAGUU